GCAACAGCAAACAUCAUCUUUCAUUCAACCAUCACCACUGCAUCUUCCCCUUUCACCACGAGUCCUCGUUAUAUUCCUCACAUACUCAACUUCAAAUUUGAAGAAGUAAUAUACCAUGGCACCCAAGAACAAAGGCGGCGACAAGAAGGGCAAGGAUAGCGGAGACAGCAACAGCAAAGGCGGCGGAAAGGGUCUCAAGCCUGCGAAUGCUAUUAACGUGAGACAUAUUCUUUGCGAGAAAUUCUCCAAAAAGGAAGAAGCCCUAGAGAAGCUUCGCAACGGCGCCAAGUUCGACGAAGUUGCGAGGGAAUUUUCGGAGGAUAAGGCUCGGCAGGGCGGCUCCCUUGGCUGGAAGACUCGGGGCAGUCUGGAUGCGACGUUCGAAAAGGCGGCGUAUGAUCUGGAGCCGAGUACGACGGGAAACCCCAAGUAUGUGGAUGUGAAGACUGGGUUUGGGUACCAUAUUAUUAUGGUUGAGGGGAGGAAGUAAGAUAUCACAUUACUAGUAUCUCCUUUUAUUCAGUCAUGUUAGGGCUAGGCUAGGAUUGGUAUGGAUAUUGCAUGAUGAAAUCAGUUGAUCAAUCAAUCUAUGAGAUCGGAUCAGGUCUAAUAAUGAAACUAUAUGUACAUAU